AUGAUGGAGAAGGAGUUCUUCAAGGAUUCCACAAACAGCUGGGUUGCACCACUGCCCUUUCGCAACCCACGAAGACGACUGCCCAAUAACAGGGAGUAUGCCAUGAGCCGCUUUAAGUCACUACGCCGCACCCUAGAUAAGCGCCCAGAGAUGAAGUCUCACUUCACUGAGUUCAUGCAAAAGAUAUUCCAUAACCAUCAUGCAGAGUUGGCACCACCUCUGCAGGAAGGCAAAGAGUGCUGGUAUCUGCCCUCAUUCGGCAUAUAUCAUCCCCAGAAGCCCGGGCAGAUUCGUGUUGUCUUUGACUCCAGUGCCCAGUACGAUGGGGUCUCCCUAAAUGAUGUGCUGCUCUCUGGACCCGAUCUGAACAACAGCCUGUUAGGUGUCCUUAUGAGGUUCAGAAAGGAUCCUGUAGCCAUCACAGCAGACAUCCAGCAAAUGUUUCACUGCUUUCUGGUACGCGAAGACUGCAGGGAUUUUCUACGUUUCCUUUGGCAUCGUGACAAUGACCUGAGCAAAGAGGUCAUUGAUUUCAGAAUGAGGGUGCAUGUCUUUGGAAACAGCCCAUCGCCAGCUGUGGCCACUUAUGGGCUCAGAGGCGCUGCACGUGAAGAGGAGAGGGAGUAUGAUAAUGAGGUCCGACAGUUUGUGGAAAGAGAUUUUUAUGUGGACGAUGCCUUGAAAUCAUUCCCCACAGAGGAGGAAGCAGUCACAGUCCUCCAACAAGCACAAAAGAUGUUAACAGUCUCAAACCUCAGGCUCCACAAGGUAGCCUCCAACAGAGCUAAAGUGAUGGAUGCCUUUCCAGUUGAGGACCGAGCCAAGGACAUUCAAAAUCUUGACCUGGCUGUAGAUGAAUUGCCUGAUCAACGCAGUCUUGGGGGACGACUGCUCCUCAGAGAGCUCUCAACACAAGCCAGUGAAUGGGACCUGCCCCUUCCUGAGAGUAUGUGUGGCGAGUGGAUGAAGUGGCGAGACUCACUCCAAGAGCUAAAAGAGUUGCAUGUUCCACGCACAUACUCAACCAUGGCCCCCUCCAAAGCUCUACAUACUGAGUUGUGUGUGUUCUCGGACGCUUCUGUUAAAGCCAUUUCAGCUGUUGCUUAUCUCAAGGUCACUGAUCACAAUGGGCACACUGAAGUAGGUUUCGUACUCGGCAAGGCAAGACUGGCCCCACAGUCAGAACUCACAAUUCCCAGGUUGGAACUAUGUGCUGCUGUUUUAGCUGUUGAGAUCGCUGAGAUCAUUGUUGAAGAGAUAGACCUGAAACUCGACUCAGUUAGGUUCUACACCGACAGCAAGGUUGUGUUGGGCUAUAUCCACAAUCAGUCAAAACGCUUCUAUGUCUUUGUGAGUAAUAGAGUACAGCGCAUUAGGAAGUCCACUCAACCCCAGCAAUGGCAUUAUGUACCAACGGAACAGAAUCCUGCUGACCAUGGCUCACGAUCUGUCCCAGCCUCCAAGCUCCACAGCACCACAUGGCUAACUGGACCUUCUUUCCUCCAUCGUCCUCCCAAACAGCUCCUAGAUGGGCCAGAGGCAUUUGAAUUGAUUGACCCUGACAGUGACAUGGAGAUUCGCCCAGAGGUGAAGGCCCUUUCCACCAUCGUCUCUGAGAGCUACUUAGGCACAAAGCGACUGGAGCGCUUCUCCAACUGGAAAGUUCUCAUUAAGGCAGUGGCUCAUCUGCAUCACAUUGCUCACUGCUUCACCCAGCCAGCAGGUGUUGGUAACUGUGUCGGAUGGCACAUCUGUAGCAAAGGUGCAUCCAAGGAUGUCCUAGAGAGAGCUGAAAACAUCAUUUUCAGAGAUAUGCAACACGAUGCAUAUUCAGAGGAGUUAAAGUGCAUUACUGCAAAACGUGAUCUCCCAUCACACAGUUCACUUCUGAAGCUUAAACCGAGUAUUGACAGCAGUGGUCUACUCCGAGUUGGUGGGCGCAUCAAUCAGACAGGGUUUGAGGUGCGAGAAACAAACCCUCUCAUAAUCCCAGGAAGCCACCAUGUCACAACUCUUCUCAUAAGGCAUCACCAUGAAAGAGUGCAGCAUCAGGGAAGGCACUUUACGGAAGGAGCUAUAAGGGAAAGCGGGUUGUGGAUAGUUGGUGGUAAACGACGCAUUAGCAGCAUAAUUCGAAAGUGUGUUAUGUGCCGGAAGCUCAGAGAUGUAUUUGGCCCAUGGGAAGUGACCACAAGACGCACAAGAGGUGGACAGGCAAACAGCAAGAGAUGGGCAGUGCUGUCCACCUGCAUGUGUACAAGGGCAGUACACAUUGAGGUCAUUGAGGAAAUGAGCUCAUCAAGUUUCAUAAAUGCACUUAGAAGGUUCUUUGCAAUCCGUGGUCCUGCCAAACAAUUACGGUCCGACCGUGGCACCAACUUUAUUGGCGCAUGUAGGGAGCUGAAGCUGGAUACCUCGGAACAGAUCAAAGUACAGGGGUACUUAGAAGACCAGAGGUGUACCUGGAUCUUCAAUCCACCACAUUCUUCACAUAUGGGUGGCACAUGGGAGCGCAUGAUCGGAGUGACGCGGCGUAUACUCGAUUCAAUGCUUCUCCAGUCUGGCAGCCACAUUGUUGGCCCCUCAGGGUGA